ACGCCCAGUUAACAUGUGAUUUAAUAAAUCCAUGUGGCUGAGCUAGCUAGCUGUAGUGAAGUUUUAGAUAGUGUUAUAACGUCCUAACUAUCCACUAUGUAUUCCACUAGUAUAGCUGUGCUUUUAUUGGUAACUCUGAGUGUGGUGUGUGCAGAUGGGGACCAGUACUACAUCGGUGUUGGUCGCUACGAUGUCACAGGACCUGCUGUGGAAACUGAAAUGAUGGGGUAUGCCAUGCCAACCCAGAUCAACAAUGGCAUCCACUUCCGUCAGUACAGUAGGGCCUUCAUCAUGGCUGACGCUGAGAAGAAGAGCAGAGUUGUGUUCGUCAAUGCUGACGUCUGCAUGGGUACUCAAAUCAUGAAGAUCCAGGUGGUGAACAAGCUGAAGGCAUUAUAUGGAGACAUGUACACUACAGACAAUGUGCUCAUCUCCGGUAUACACACUCACUCUGGCCCUGCUGGGUUUUUCCAAUAUCUGCUCUUUGAGAUAAUGUCCCUUGGUUUUGUGGAGCAGAGUCUAACUGCUAUAGUGGACGGUAUUGUGGAGAGCAUCAAGAUGGCCCAUGACAACAUGCAACCGGGUUACCUGACAGUCAACCAAGGCUUCCUAUACGAUGCCAACAUCAACCGCAGCCCCUCCGCCUACCUUAACAACCCGGCAGAGGAGAGAGCAAAGUACCAGUACAACACUGACAAGGGAAUGACAGUACUCAAGAUGGUUGACAAGGCUGGCAAUGGCAUUGGGAUGAUCGAUUGGUUUGCUGUCCACUGCACGAGUAUGAACAACACCAACACUCUGAUCAGUGGGGACAACAAGGGACACGCCUCUUACCUCAUGGAGAGGGACAUGAACAAGGGAGCUCUACCCGGACAGGGUCCGUUUGUGGCAGCGUUUGCCCAGAGCAAUGAGGGUGAUGUGUCCCCCAACACCAAAGGCCCGCGUUGCCUUGACACUGGACUACCGUGUGACUUUAACCACUCAACAUGCAACGGGAAGAAUGAGAUGUGUGUAGCGUUUGGCCCUGGUAAGGACAUGUUUGACAGCACCAGGAUCAUUGGAGAGAAGCAAUACAACGCUGGAAAGGCAUUGUACAAUAAUGCAUCGAUCGACAUCUCGGGACCCAUCAAGUUUGUGCACACUUUUGCUGACUUCCACAACAUCACGGUCAAUGUCAAUGGACAGCAGGAGAGGACCUGCCCCUCUGCCAUGGGGGACAGUUUUGCUGCUGGUACCACUGACGGCCCGGGAGCAUUCUCAUUCAAACAAGGUGACACCACUGGCAACAAAUUGUUCGAACUGAUACGUGACGUCAUUAAGGACCCCUCUCCCGAGCAGAUCAAGUGUCAUAAACCCAAACCCAUCCUUCUCGACACUGGGGAAAUCACCUUCCCCUAUCCCUGGCAGCCCGCUAUUUUGCCUCUCCAAAUUCUGGCCGUGGGACAACUAGUUAUCAUUGGAGUGCCUGCUGAGUUCACAACAAUGUCUGGUAGACGAUUGAGGGAUACAGUGUCCAAAGUGCUAGUGGAGAAUGGGUUCAGUAAAGAUUUCAUCCCAGUGGUAGCCGGUCUAUCCAACACCUACGCUGACUAUGUCACCACCUUCGAGGAGUUCCAGGUCCAGCGUUACGAGGGAGCCUCCACCAUCUUUGGUCCUCACACCCUCCAGGCCUAUAUCCAAGAGUACUCUAGUCUAGCAGCCAGUCUGGCAAAGGGUAUUUCCGUCCCGGCUGGCCCCUCUCCCCCUAACUACCUUGACAAGCAGUGGAAAUUCCACCUUCCAGUCCUGUUUGACGCCACACCCUCAGGCAAGAAGUUUGGAGAUGUGGCAGUCGACGUUAAGAGCAGCUACAAGAUUAAUGACAGUGCAAUAGCCAAGUUCUGGGCUGGCAACCCUCGCAACAAUCUCAUGACUGGGAAGACUUUCCUGACUGUAGAGAGGAAGGACAGUAUGGGGGCGUGGCAUGUCGUCUAUACCGACGCAUCCUGGGAGACAAAGUUCCAAUGGGAGCACACCAGUCGGCUGCUUGGUGAGAGUCAGGCCACUGUGACCUGGGACAUACCCCCCACAGCUUCCCCAGGGGGUUAUCGUAUAGUGCACUCAGGGUACUACAAGCCAAAUCUCACUGACAGUAAGGUUGUGUUUUAUAACGGAACUUCCUCCGAGUUCCAAGUGACUGCUACCACCAAAUUGAACUACUAACUGAGCUCUGACCAACUGCCAGGGUAUUAUAGGUUUACUAUCAAUGUUGCUUUCUAAACCAUGCUUUAUACAUAAUGUUUUAUUCGAUUAAUUGCUUCUUGUGUAUAAAAGAUUUCAUCGGUCA